AUGUGCAGCGAUCCCAUGGCGCGAAACGAGGAGAAGGCGAACGCCGUGCUGAAUCGCUUCUGGGCCGCGAAGCAGGAGGAAAAGCGCAAGCCGCGGGAGAAGCGCCCUUUCCUCGCGUCCGAAUGUCGCGACCUAUCAGACGCCGACAAAUGGCGGCAGCAGAUCUUACGCGAGAUCGGACGGCGAGUAACGGAGAUUCAGAACCCAGGGUUAGGCGAGCACCGACUUAAAGAUCUCAACGAUGAGAUUAAUAAACUCAUACGGGAGAAAGGGCACUGGGAGAAACGGAUAGUUGAGCUUGGCGGUCCGAAUUACGCGAAACAAGGGCCCAAGAUAACUGACGCGGACGGUAAAGAAGUCGGCGAUGGAGACGACGAGCUGCCGGCCGGCUCGGCGACCGGCAAGGGGCUUGGUUACCGUUACUUCGGCGCUGCGAAGAACCUGCCGGGCGUUCGCGAGCUUUUCGAGAAGCCGACGGCGCCGACUAAGAAACGGAAUCGGUACGAGCUUUAUAAGCGUAUCGAUAUGGACUAUUACGGGUACAGGGACGAGGAGGACGGGAUCCUGGUGCGGCUCGAGGCGGAGGCGGAGCGGGAGAUUUUAGCGAAGGCGGUGCGGGAGUGGGAGGCGCUCGAAGCGGUUAAAGCCGAGGCGCGCCGCGCCGUGAAAAGCGGGGAGGAAGCUUCGAUCCGGGUUGAGGCGGAUCUGCUAGACGAGCUCGGCGCGCCUAUUGACGCCCGGGGAAUCCCAGCCCAAGCGGGAGAGGAAGCGGAGGAGGAGGAGGAGGCGGAAGCGGAUCGCGAGCAAGCGGGGGAGCGCGCGAGGCGCGACGCGUCGGCGUCAGAUGCGGCGUUGGACGCGGCGGAAGAGGCGGCGCUGGAUGCGGUGGGCGGGCGGCGGUUCGUGGCGCAUGUGCCGCUGCCUGACGAGAAGGAGAUCGAGCGCAUGGUGGUGGCGAAAAAGAAGGCGGAGCUCUUAAAUGACAUGGAGCGGCAUGGGCAUGCUGAGGUGGCAUGUUUGGAGUGGAUGUGGCGUGGAUUUGGGAAGAGAAGGGGGGGGGGGGGGGGGGGGGAGGAGGAGGAGGAGGAGGAGGAGGAGGAGGAGGAGGAGGAGGAGGAGGAGGAGGAGGAGGAGGAGGAGGAGGAGGAGGAGGAGGAGGAGGAGGAGGAGGAGGAUGAGGAGGAGGAGGAGGAGGAGGAGAAGGGGGAAGGAGGGGAGAGGAGAGGGGAGAGAGGGGGAGAGGGGAGAGGAGAGGGGAGAGAGGGGAGAGGGGAGAGGAGAGGGGGAGAGAGGGGAGAGGGGAGAGGAGAGGGGAGAGAGGGGAGAGGGGAGAGGAGAUGA